CGGGGCCCGUCCCCGGAGGCGCUUCCUUCCUCCUGCGGGCUGCGGGGGGGGCCGGGGCCGCUAUAAAUCGGGGCGGGCGGACGGCGGCAUGCCAGAGAUUUGCCGUGCCGGCCGGCCCCUCCGCCGCCCGCCAUGCGGCGGCUCCCGCUGCCGCUGCCGCUGCUGCUGGGGCUGGCGCUGGGGCUCGGGGGGGAACCGGAGCCCGGAGGCCCGUCGGGAGCGCAGUGCCUGGAGCACGAGUGCUUCGCGGUGUUCUGGUCGGCGUUGCCGUUCGCCGAGGCCGGCGCUGAGUGCCAGAGGGGCGGCGGGCACCUCAUGACCGUCCGGUCCACGGUGGCGGAGGAGGCGAUCGCUUUGCUGCUGCAGAACCGGAGCGGGGACCUGUGGCUGGGGCUGCGCUUGGGGCUGCCCUGCACCGAACCGACCCAGCGGCUCCGAGGCUUCCAGUGGGUGACCGGAGACCGCAACACCGAUUACUCCAACUGGGCGCCGUCGGGGCGGCAGUGCGGGGAGUUCUGCGUGACCGUGUCGAGGGAGCUGCGCUGGGAGCAGCGGCCGUGCGAGGCUCCUGCCGACGGCUUCCUCUGCGAGUACAAGUACUGGGGGAGCUGCCCGCUGCUGCCGCCCGCCGACGGGCUCCCCGUCGUGUACACCACCCCGUUCGGGGCCAGCGGAGGGGACUUCCCGGCUCUGCCGCCCGGCAGCGCGGCCGUCAUCGCGGCCUUGGGGCUGGAGCUGCACUGCGAGGAGGACGGGGACAGCGGGCGGCUGCGCUGGGGCCGGCCGGAGCCGGGGCCCUGGUCGUGCCGCUUGGCCAACGGGGGCUGCGACGAGACGUGCAAGGAGGACAGCGGGCAGGCUUGGUGCUCCUGCCCCGAGGGCAAGGUGCUGAGCAGCAACGGGAGAGGCUGCCGCUCGCCCUGCGCCGGAGCCCCGUGCCAGCACCACUGCGUGGUGGCCGGAUCCACCUUCGUCUGCAUGUGCGAGGCCGGGUACCUGUUGGCCGCCGACGGCAGCAGCUGCGAGGAUGAUGACGACUGUGCUGUGGUGCCCAGCGUGUGCGAGCAGGUCUGUGUCAACACCGAGGGCGGCUUCGAGUGCCAUUGCCACCGUGGGUACACGAUGGUGGACGGGCACUGCCAGGCGCUGCCCAUGUCCCGCUGCUACAAAGCACCCUGCGAGCAGCAGUGUGAGGAGGUGCCCGAUGGGUACCACUGCAGCUGCUUCCCUGGCUACGCCAUUGACCCCCAGAUGCCCACCCACUGCGUCCUGCACUGCAACCACAGCCAGUGCCCGGCCAAGUGCGACCCUUACACCAUGACCUGUGAGUGCCCCGAAGGCUUCGUGCUGGACAACCUCGACAAUAGGCAGGUCUGCAUGGACAUCGAUGAGUGCGACAUGAACUACUGCCAGCACAACUGCACCAACUACCCCGGCGGCUUCGAGUGCCAUUGCCCCAGUGGCUACCGGCUCGUGGACCAGACUGACUGCCUGGAAAUCCUGGGGGAGGAUGGGGAAGGAGCCUAUUCAGGGGACUUUGGGCCCGGACCGCAGCUGCCGGUCCCCAGCCGGCCCCCACCGAAGGCAGCACACCUUCACCCCGGUGCCCUGGUGGGGAUCACUGUGGCUGUGCUCUCUGCGGCACUGGCUCUGUUGGCCCUGGCUUACCAUCUGGUGAGGAGGUGCUGCAGGGCCCCCGCCACCAUGGAUUACAAGUGCAAUUGUCCCCAUGAGAAGGAGAUGGGACUGCAGCCGGUCACGUCGGGGUGUGCAGCAGCCAGCCAGAAGCUGUAGGGAGACAGGCGGAGGGAGGUGGACGGAACUGGGUAACAUUCACUCUCCCCAUCCCCUGCGGUCUUUGAAUCAUACAAAGAGUUGGGAAAAGCUGUGAUUUCCCCCCCCACUUCCAGAAACAUUCCCAGAUUUCCAGACAGCUCUUGUAAUAUUCACCCUUUAGAUCAGGGAAGGUGGAAGGGCUGGAGGGCUGCUCGGUUCCUCUCCCUUUGCAGGCAGUGUGGGUGUUCAGCUUUCCCUUUUCCAGGAGCCAGGGAGGUUCAAGGGGAACCCUCGUGUGUUACAGGAGGGAUGUCUCCUUCUGGAAGUGACCUGUAAACCUGUAUCUAUCAUGGGAUGAGAGCCACGCUGGCUGAGCUGCUGCUACCCAGGGAAGGUCACUUGGCCCCAAAUCCUGCUCCCUUCACUGGGAAGCUGGAAUGAAUGGAUGGCAUCCCUAGGGUGGCAAAAAGAUGGGAUGCCCCUGCCUUUGUGUUCACGUUAGUGGGUUUAAACUGAUGGGUGAUGGCAGAAGGAGCAAAGACCUUGCGCUCAGCCUCCUGCCCCCCCCCCCUUUGCCUCUUGCCUCUGGCAGCUGAGCACUUUCCACCUUAAAUCACCACCAACAGCAGGGGCCCUGCUGCUGUCAGUCAGGGCUAAACCUCUUCAUUUCUCUUCCCUUUUACCAUUUUGGGGCUGUUUUGGUGUGUGCAGAGGUUAAAUGUGGACGCUGAGACUGCCAGGGUCGUGUUUUCCAUGGCAGGAACGGUCGUUCCCAGCCUCGUGUUCCCCAUCCCGUUGCUUCCACUAUGUUCUGCCCUUGUUGCCUUAAAACGCUGUGGGUUUAUAUACAAACCCACUGCACCAACCCCUCUUGCCUAUAGGGUUUUGUCCUUUGGGCUCGCCUAGGGCUGAGUCUAAUCCAUGUUGAAGCCUAUGGCAAAGCUUUCUGGGGGGGGCAGGGUUCACCCUGCUGCCUGCUUCCCAUCCGCGGACCAUAUGGAAAAGCAUUUUGGGUGUUUUUCCAGCCCCAUCAUUCCAUAGGGAGUCCCGGGGCAAAGCCUGAGUGGUGUUGGGAGCCGGAGCGGCUGCGGGGUGAGUGAUAGGAGCGGGUGCUGACAGCUUUAUGCCCAUGAGAUAUCACCCUACAGCAGGGGUCGGCUUUCCCAUAGGAAGCUUUGGAAGGCCGGGGUCAGUGCUUGGGAGGGAUGGAUGCUGCAGAGGGGAUGAAGGGUUCAGGGUGGGGGGGUCCUGUUUCUCCUUAUGUGCUAAACAACAAGCAGCAUUCCCACCCCGUUCCCAUAUGAUAGAGCUCCUCUGCAGCCUCCAAGGGAAAUAAGAGACACCCAUUGUAUAAAUCAAAGCUUUCCUAAUGUAAAUGCUCCAAGCCCCUGUUUUAUACACCCGGCACGUUUGUAAAUACUUAUUUAUUUAUUGGAAAUAUACCCUCUGCAAUGCACAACCCCAUGUGUAGACAAAUAAAGCUGGUUUACAGAA